GCAAAAGCUUUCAAAAUUUAAAACAAAUAAAUAAAUUUCAUUCCUUCUCAGAUACUCAUCGGACCCAAAAUUACUGCUAAGUAACCAACUGAUCCACCUAUGGAAGAGUCAAAACCGCAACCGCAAGUGCCGGCGAUGACAAUCGACGGCGCCGACGAAGACCAAAUACUGGCUAACUCGACCGUGUUGACUCGUCGCGAGGUUAUCACGCGCCGGCUCCGGCGAGUCAGACAACUUGCUCGAUGUUACAAGAGUCACUAUUGGGCUUUAAUGAAUGAUCUUAGGUCUAAGUACAGAGAUUAUUACUGGACUUACGGGAAGAGUCCCUUCAAGGACGAUGAAGAAAAUCCAAACGGUGUCGUUUUGGGGGAUAGAGUAAACGGCACUGAUAAUGGUGUCGUUGUUGGUGAUGAUUUUGUUCGUUGCGCUUUUAGUGGAUGCAAGUCGAAGGCUAUGGCUCUCACCAGGUUCUGUCACACACAUAUUUUGUCUGAUUCGAAGCAGAAGCUUUACCGGGGAUGCACCACCGUAGCCAAAAAUUUGCCAACAGGGCCAUCAUAUUGUAAUAAGCCAGUAUUGAGAUCCAUGGUUCCUUGUGUAUGCCCCGCUCAUUACCAAUUAGGUGAAAAGUGCUUGCUUCGUGCAGUAAAAAGGGCAGGUUAUAAUAUCUCAGUUAAUGGUAAGCCUAGUCCAAAGUUACAUGUUUUAAUUCCUGAGUUUGUCCGCCAAAUUCAAAAUAAACGAAAAGCUGCUCGCAGGACAAAUUUACCUAAACCCGAGACUGAAUAAUCAAGAUUAAGUUGUUGAUUAUUGGAAAUAUUAUUGAUUCACUAAAGGCAUUGCACAGUAUAUAGGGAGAGCAGGUUCCAAUAUAUGGGAAACAAUUAUGAUUUGCUGUUAACUGUUGAAGCAUCGAUUGUCAAUAAAAAAUGUACUUAGAGAUACCUGUAAAUUGUGAGUAUUCUAGAUAUGUUCUUCAAUUUUGUGUCUUUUUAUCUAAGUCAUUUUGUCGAUACCCUACGAGCAGCGUCACAAUCUGCUUGUUAUUCAUAAUAGGACUUUGCUGGUAUGAAUUGGAAAUUUCUAUUCUAAAAUUAUUGAUGCUCAUAUGAUAAAGUCAUUUAACUAAA